UAUCCCAUUGUCGUUUUACAACGUUCAUUCGAGUAGCCCAGAAAGAGAUGAAAUCCUAGAUCAGCACGAAUCUCUUAGAAAUCAGUGAGCGGUUUCACUUGGAUAUACCCAAGCCUAUAAUAUCAUCGUAUGUAAACAUUAUACAUAUAUCCGUUGCUUGUGUCUGUAUUUAAAAAUACGUUUCUCAUUCGGCUUUUAACUCAAAUUACGUUCAACCUUCGUGUUCCAAGUGAUCGUCUUGACUUAGUAAGUCGCGGAGUGCGAACUAGCGAGAACCAUAUGUUACCUGGAAGGUGCUUAAUCGAUGAAAAUGGGCAAUUUUUUCACGGGGCAGCAAGAUUCGGUUAAAGUUGAGCGAAAUGAUGACGAAUCUGACUGCGAAGAAGAGACCCAUGACAGCGCCCAUUUACAAUCACCGAGCUCAAAAAAGAAAUUUCUCAGUGUACUUCAUGUUGUUGUCCAUAAAGGGAAAGUAGAAGGUCAAACCGGUAACAUCAACAGCUAUGUGAAGAUAAUUUUGCACAAUGCUAUUUCCAAAACGGAAGUCGCUCGUGGAGCGAGCCCUGUGUGGCGAGAAGAGUUCCUGUUUGAAACGACUGAACUCAAUCGUGACUUGAAUCUGGAGUUAUGGAGUCGUGGUUUGAUACGGGACACGUUGGUUGGAUCUGCUCGAAUCCCUCUCAUACAUAUCCACCAUUCAAACGAGGAAAGCAGUAGUAUAUGGAUUCCAUUGUAUCGUGUUGGUUAUUCUGGUGUUAUAGAAGCCGGUCAUAAACUGUGUAUUGCGACCAGAUUUUCUCUCCCAAAUGGUCUCACGGAGAGCGAGGCAGCAAAUCUUCAGGAGAAGUUGGACUGGUUGAACGCCAUUAUGCAAGAUGAACUCCACAUCAUUCAAAAGCAAGUUUCUCGGCACUCGGAAUUGAAAUCGUUGUUGUCAGAUCAGGAUCACGGAAAGAAGAUUUACGACUCCAAAGACGGUCCUUCGUCCACUGAAGAGAAAAAGGUCGACCCGGAGAAUUGCGCAUUGAAAGAAAACAGCGAUGUUGAGGCAGACAUGGAAAAACCGAAAUCACACGACGCUCUUCUCGUACCGGAGUCUCCACGAAACUCGCCGAGUCUUAGCCGAAGGCAGGUCGUGAGAAAGGGCAUGCCACCACGAGACCCUUCCUUUGAAUCAGAAGUUAAUUAUUUAACGCCGGAUGGAAUUACGGGCGGUGAUAAUACAAGUUUAUCCGACUACGACAUGGACAGCAGUCGAGAAGGAUCUGUUUCAAGCAGAGGUGGCGGUGAGGAUGGCAACAGGGUGAAGCGACCGAAGAGAAAAAGAGGAUUUCGUAUUUCACCGAAGAACGAGGAGAAAAUAUCUGCAGCUCUUAGCGAAUACGGAAAUAAAUUUUUGAGCAACAUCGACAUGUGUCCAGAUCUAAAGCCACACACAGAAGCUUUGGGUGUUCAUGCGUUGUCUCACGUUUCAGCAAGGAGAAUGGCUAGACUGUCGAUGGCCCAACGAGCUAAUCUCACAGAUGAAGAUAUGAAACUGCAUGUGUACAAAAAGACAUUGCAAGCGAUGUUGUAUCCAAUUUCAGAUACAACACCUCACGAGUUCGCCAUUUGGUCAACCCAAGUGCCUGCGUUUUGCUACGAAUGCGAGGAACUUCUGUGGGGACUGGCGCGACAAGGCCUCCGCUGCAAACAGUGUGGAGUAAAGUGUCACGAGAAAUGUAAAGAUUUGCUAAAUGCUGAUUGUUUGCAACGUGCCGCUGAAAAGGCGGCCAAAGAAGGCGAAGGUUUCAAACAAGAGGCUGUAACAAAAGCAAUUAAAGAGCGCAUGCGUGAACGGCAGCAAAUGAAAGAAAAAUCAUUUGAUAUGAUAAGGGACGUGUUCCAGGUGGACAACAAUCAGCAUCUUGUCCAUCUUCAGAAUGCUCAUCAACAGAUUCUUGCAGGAACGUCGAAAUGGUCGGCAAAGCUAGCCAUAACAGUGGUCUGUGCCCAGGGGCUUAUUGCCAAGGAUAAAACAGGCACAAGUGAUCCGUACGUGACAGUUCAUGUUGGAAGAACGAAGAAACGGACAAAGACAAUUCCUCAUGAAUUGAACCCAACCUGGGAUGAGACGUUUCAUUUCGAAUGUCACAACUUUACGGAUCGAAUCAAAGUUCGUGUUUGGGAUGAAGAUGAUGAUCUCAGAUCCAAAGUGCUGUCGAAGUUUACACGGGAGACAGAUGAUUUCCUUGGUCAAGCCAUUAUUGAAGUUCGUACUUUAAGCGGGGAAAUGGAUGUGUGGUAUAACCUUGAGAAACGAACCGACCGAUCUGCGGUAUCAGGAGCUAUACGACUUCAUAUUAGCAUCGAGAUAAAAGGCGAGGAAAAGCUUGUUCCCUAUCACACGCAGUAUACCAGUCUACACGAGAACAUGUUCCACUAUCUCUGCAAACAAAAUGACGACAAAGUUCCUAUACCGAAGGUUUCUGAAAAGGAGGAAGCCUGGAAAGUGUAUUUCCCUGGGGACUAUCAAGAAGUUGUAAAGGAAUUUUCAAUGAGAUAUGGAAUUGAGACCAUUUAUCAAGCCAUGACGCAUUUCUCUUGCUUGGCGAUUCACUACACAAGCCCUGGUGUCCCGGAUGUGAUGAGUAAAUUACUUGCAAAUGUCAACGCUUUCUUUGCCCAUACAACAUCAAGUAAUAUCGCAUCGGCCUGCGACAGAUUUGCAGCAAUCAAUUUUGGACGAGAACGGUUUGUGAAGAUUUUGGAUCAAUUGCACAAUUUACUGCGGGUCGACCUUCAAGGUUACAGAACGAACUUUCCGUCGAACAACCAGGAGAAAAUGACGGACUUGAAAUCUACUGUGGAUCUGUUGACUAGCAUCACGUUUUUUAGAUUAAAGGUGCAAGAGAUGAACAACCCACCGAGAACAUCUGUCGUAGUCGCCGAAUGCGUGAAGAAUUGUUUAGAACACACAUACCAGUUUAUCUUCAACAACUGCAGUCAAUUGUACGAGCAAUCUGGAUCAGGGAAGGAUUAUUGCGUGCGUUCACCAAGUCACAUUGAUUUCUGGCCUCAGUUAAUUACUCUUAUGGUGUCCGUCAUUGAAGAGGAUAAAAAACAUUACACCCCCGUGUUGAGUCAAUUCUCGGAUUUGAAUAUCGGUGAAAUGUCUGCAUCGACGAUGUGGCUGUCAUUCACGUCAGAUUUAACAGAAACAUUGAAACAACACGAAUCCAAGCCGAAAUGGGCGACAACUGACUACAUCAACUUGCAUUUUAAAGUGAAAUGGUUUUACAAUGAAUACAUUGCCAAUUGCUCAAUAAUUCAAGAGGAGGUACCUGCAUAUUCAUCUUGGUUCGAGUUGUUUGUUCUUCGUUGGCUGGAGGAAAAUGAGAAAAUCGCGAUGGAUUUGCUGGUGGAGGCUCUUGAGAAAGACAAGAAAAAUGGCUUUCAACCAAGCUCAGAGCAUUCCAAUUUCUCAACAUCUGUUGUGGAUAUAUUCUGGAGUUUAAAUCAGAGUUACGACAUCAUUAGACAACUUGAAUGUCCCAGUCCACCGACGUUAAAAGUCUACUUGUUAAAGUUUACACAGACGAUUUUCAGAGUUCUACUGGAUUACUCCGAAGAAACAAAGAAACUGUUCUCGGGUUAUUGUCGGGAAGAUGAGAGAGUUAAGGUGUGUAUUCUUACCAAUAAUAUCCAAGAAAGCAGAAAUCAUCUUCAGCAGAUCUACAAGUCGAUGGGUGCUGACGAGUUGCCGGAAGAGUGUAAAGAAAGCUUCACCGAACUUCAAGUGCACCUCAGCUCAGUCCUGGAUGAACUGUGUAAAACGUAUGCUGACAGCAUCGAUUUCACUGAACCAAUCAAAGCCGUUGAUCAAGAAUUGAACAAAAUUAAGGGUACUGAAAAUUUCCAGACCGUCGGUCCGGAGGUGCUGAAGAAACAAACAGAACACGUCCUGGGUCCAUUACUUGAACCUCUUCAGGCCAGACUCAUGUUGAUCGCAGUUCAGUGUGAAAAAUCUGUACUUAAAAGAGUCGCUAAGGAAUUAUGGAAGGAGGUUUUAACAACAUUUGAGAGGGUGAUUGUCUUGCCCCCGUUCAAGACAAAGGAUCUUGAAAUUGAAGAGACAAAAAGAUUGUCUCACAAGCAAUGCGGUGUACUGGAAGCCGCUUUGAUCCGGCUGAAGGAUUAUUUCCACAAUAAAGGCAAGGGGUUGAAACGAGCUUUUCUUGAGAAGUCGCCCGAACUUCACAAAUUAAAGAAAGCGUUGUCUCUUUACACGCAAACUACGGAUACCUUGAUCAAGACGUUUGUUAAAACACAGCAACAACAAGCAAAAGAAGCUGUCGAUGAUCCUGUCGGGGAGUUGUCGAUUCAAGUAGACUACAUGAGCCAUCCUGGAACAGGAGACCAUAAAUUAACCGUAAAAGUUGUUGAAGCGAAAGACCUUCGGUGGCAUGCUGCAGGAAUGUUCAAUCCAUUCGUGGAAAUAAUGGUGGUCGGACCUCAUCUUUCGUCGAGACGUCGCCGUUAUCAAACUAGAUCCAAGAGAAAUAACUGGAAUCCAUCUUUCAAUGAAACAUUUUACUACAAUCUUGGAAACGAAGACGAGGCGGAUGGCUACGAAAUUCAAUUCAGUGUCAAAGAUUACUGUCUAACGCGAAGGAAUCGACUCUUAGGAACCACUGUCCUACAACUUUCUCAAGUCGUCUCAAUGGCGUCUUGCGCAUGCUCAUGUCCAUUGGGAAGGUCGCUGACCUUGGACAACAUCGGUCAAACUAUUAUAAGAAUUUUGGCGCAGAGAACCACGGAGGAGGUAGCCCAAGAAUUUGUCCAUCUAAAGAUGGCCGAACGAGAUGAAUCCGCCGAAUAAUCUGUUAUCGUAUUUUCGAACGGUAUUUUGUAUUUAACAAUGACUAUUUUAAAUCGCACAUAAUUUUGCCUCAUUUGAGAAAUGUUUGUUUGUAUCUAAUUUCUGAUUUGAAAACUAAGGUACGCUCUUUGUUUGUUGUCAACAUAAAUGAAUGACAUGAAGUAUCAAUGAAAAAUCGGAAACCAAGGCUACUAAUACGAAUUCACGCAUUUCUUGUUUGUUUCAAGUGCAAAUACAUGCCUUAGGGCAUAUGAUAAACUUUUUAUUAACCCCUCUUGCUCGGUUUUACCGAGAAAGAUCGGACCUCACUCUUCGAGCUCGGUCUGUACAAAAAGACCUCGCUCCGAUAUUUCUCGGUAAAGACCUCGCGCUCUGUUAAUAAGACGAUAUUAAUCACAAAGCAGAUUUGUGAUUUAACUAACGGUUACUAAGUUCGUACAUGAACUAUUCAUACAUGAACUAUUUACUCAUCAUGUUUCCUAAAAGACAUAAAAGCGAGGCCAUUUUUGAUCAUUUAUUUCAUUUUGAUUUUGCUCUUUUUACUGAGACUGGAAGAAAAUGUGUAUUAUCGUUCCGGACAUAAAUACUGAAACAAAUUUAUAUAGUACUUUUUAACACUAUCAUACAAAAAAGGAUACUCACUAAUAAGCUGGACUUGUUUUAGUGUAAAUAUUUAUGGAGCGAUGUUGUACAAUUUAUUUGUAAACAAAGAUUUUGCGUUAUUUCUAGUAUACCAGGAAUAUUUA